AUGAUACCUUCCGUGCCGCAUAUAGACACCAACAGUUUCAAGAACUACAUCGAGAUACCCAACAGCGGAAUCAGGGGUCUCUUGUCGGCGAGCACCGCGAAGAUUCUAACCAACAGUCCGAUACCAUUCAAGGAAUACGUGGAAGGCAGCCAGAACGCACACCACUAUCCCCUGAGCGUACUGCCGAGGAAGCUUUCCGCGAAGCUGGGGGGAGAUGUCAUGGUUACCACGUAUGAUGUGCACGAAAAAGACUACAGCUUGGCGGAUGGUCGGCGAGUCAUGUUGAGCGUUAUUCCCACGUUGAAGAGCCAGCCUAGCGAGGUGUUGUUGCAGAAAUUGCAAGGGAAGAACACGCUGCUCGUGGUGUUCUCCGGAGACCCGCCUUACGCUGACGCGAAUAACGCCCUUGAGUGGCACUCGGCAGCUGAUUUCGACGUGCACAAGCACCUUAUCUUGAACUAUGCCUGCCCUGUGGGCAUGUCGCACUUCUACAAGCGGUACGUGACGACGCUCGCGUCGUCACUCGUCAACCGCUGCAAUUUCAGCUGCGUCAUGCGCAAGCUGAGCGCCGAGGAGACGAUAGCGUUCCACCAAUACCGCCGCAGCUUCACCAGCGUCCUGCUGCUGGACCGAUACGGGUACAUCCGCUGGCACGCGGUGGGGAAGCCGACGCUGGAGGCGCGAUACCUGCUAAAGGAGGCCUACGACCAACUGCGGAGCGAAUGCUGA